UUUUGUGCUGUUGCUGGAUCUACAGUAAGAAUCCCCUGUACAUUUACAAAACCUGAUCAUUCCAGUGUCACACAGAGAGAGUGGUAUCGAGUCCAGAGCUCUGAAGGAAAACCACAAGACCUGAGUAAAGAUCCACAAUAUUCAGGACGAGUGUCUGUAAACAGCUGGAACUCUGACUGUGAGCUGACAAUGAGCAAUGUGAGUGUGAGUGACUCUGGAGUUUUUAACUUUAGAUUUAAAACACAGAGUAGUGACUGGAUAUCAGCGCCAUCUGGAGUUCAUCUGACUGUCACAGAUUUGCAGGUGAAAGUGGAUCCUAACACUGUAGGACAGAGGGAAGUAAAAGUGACCUGUAGCUCCACCUGUGUUCUUGAUACGCACCAUUUCUAUUGGUACUGGAAUGGCCAUCGUAUCAAACAUACCAAAGGAGCCUCCAUUGUGCUCACCUCAACCAAUAUAUAUAACAAGGGCAGCUACUCCUGUCAGGCUGAUAACAGUGAACACCUCUCUCCUCCAGUGUGUAUACUGGGUACAGGGUGUUGGGGUGUGACUUACACUCCUGAUCAUGUGUGUGCUCUGAAAGACACAUCCAUUGAUCUCUUCUGCUUUUAUAAACACCCUGCAGGCCACACAGUGGUAAAAUUGGCGUGGUUCAUUCAAGCUGAUGGUGAGCCUGUGGAUAUGAGAGAAGAUGAGAAGUAUCAGGGCAGAGUGCAGUACACACAGAGCUCCCAGAAUAACUGUAGUCUGAGAAUCACUAACCUGAGAGAGACUGACGCUCAAACAUACACAUUCAGAUUCUACACUGAUCGGGAUGAUUACACUGGAGAACCUGGAGUCUCUCUGUCUGUUACAGAUCUGAAGGUUACAGUAUCAGACUGGACUGAUCAGUACAUGGAGCUGAGCUGUAACACCACCUGCACUCUGUCUAACAAUCCCACUUACAUCUGGUACAAGAACGGACAGCGGGUGAAUGAGUGUAAAUCUGCCUCCUGCUCUGUAGCUGCAGUCAGUGGUGAGGUCAGUUACAGCUGUGCUGUUGAAGGCCAUGAGAGUCUCCGAUCUCCUCCAGUGUAUUCCCCUAAAAACACCAGAGCAGUGGUUUAUUCCUCUGGAAACAUAGUGGAGGGGGAUUUAGUGACUCUGAGCUGUAGCAGUGAUGCAAACCCUCCUGUUCACACCUACACCUGGUUUAAGCAGAGAGCAGCUGCAGACACACUGCUGACAACAAGCCAGAAUUACAGCAUCAGCAACAUCAACACCAAUCACAAUGAAACGUACUACUGCCCUGCUCACAACCAGCUGGGACGGCAAAAAUCUACACCCAUACACCUGCAUGUGUUAGGAACAAGAAGUCGAGAUUAACUAAUUACCACAGCAGCACUCCUCUUCAAUCAUCUCCAGUUUAUGUCAAUGUCCCGGCCCCGAACCACGGAAAGAGAGUCACCUCAGAUGAUCGGAAGAACAUUAACUAUGCCAGUGUUGUUUUUAAACACUCCCACACACAGGAAGGGUCUCUGUCACCCAGACUUCCUUCAGACACCACAGAUCAAGAGAAUGUUCAUUACCCUGCUGUACGCAUUCACAGGAGCAGUGCUGCCACCCAGUUUGUGGCUGAUGAUGAUUCAUCUGUGAUCUACAGCUUGAUCCAAAAUAUCCCCAGAAAAAGCAAGUGCUGAGACAGAUGUGAUUGUUCCAUCCUGUAUCCAAAAUGAACAAGAAAACAAAUACAGCUUUGGCAUUUCAUUAAAGUAGCAAUAUUGA